AUGAACAUAGCAAACUUGUAUACUUUAUUUAAGGUUAUAAGCGGAGAAGGAUGGACACCUUUACUUUUUAUAGUCAGCCUUGCAACAACAAUUGGAACAGCUGUGCCGGUUGGUUACUGCUUAGGAUCACUUAAUACACCAGCUGCGUUUAUCAAAGAUUGGGUGCUGGAAUUAUAUAUACAACGUCAUGAUUUUGAAUUCAGUGAAAAUGGUCUUGAGUUAGUGUUUGCCAGUAUUGUUUCAAUAUUCUUGAUUGGCGGUAUAUUUGGAUCUUUUUUUGGAGCAUAUUGCUGUGAUAAAUUUGGAAGGAAAGGUUGCUUGAAUUUAAGCGCCGCGUUAUUGGUAGUAUCUGGGGUGUUUGUAACUUUUUGCCGAGAAGGAAAAUCAUUAGAAAUGAUUUUCAUCUCACGAUUUUUAGCUGGUAUAGCAUCUGCACUUAUUUACACAGCACAUCCAAUGUAUUUACUGGAAAUAGCACCUCCUAAACUACGUGGAAGUGUGGCGGUAUUUACUGCUUUUGGAGUAACUGCUGGUAUAUGUGUUGGACAGAUAUUCAGUUUUAAUAUUGUAUUCGGUACGGAAGAGUACUGGCAAUAUGCACUUGGUUUUUAUGCGGUUUUUGUUAUUAUAUGCUUCUUGCCAACUUAUUGGUAUCCUGAAAGUCCACGUUGGCGUUAUUUGAUAAAACAUCAAUACGAUAUUGCAGAAAAAGAAUUAGUGCGCUUACGUGGAACUGGACCAGAAGCACAGGAAUGUGUAAAAAGCGAAAUAGCCGAAAUGCAAUCGGCUAGUAAAUCUACUGAAGAGAAAUCAAGUUUUCUGAGUGUUUUGAGAAAUUCGGACUUAUUAAUGCCGUUAAUAUUGGUAUGCUCAUUUCAAAUUUGCCAACAACUUAGUGGCAUUAAUGCGAUUUUCUUCUAUUCGGUACCAAUCUUCACAAAAGCCGGAUUUUCUAGUUCGGCUGCUGAAUGGAUGAAUUUUGGUGCUGGAUUUCUAAACAUGACUGUUUCUGGACUUGGUCCGUUUUUAAUGUCAAAGUUUAAUAGACGGCCACUCAUGUUAAUAUCUUGUGUGGGAUGUUUUAUAUCACUCAUCUGUUUAGCAUUUGCUUUGAACUAUAUAGAUUUGGCCAAUUGGUUACCACCUGCUUGCAUUGUAUUUAUAACCACAUUCAUAACAUUCUUUCAACUCGGUUUAGGUCCUAUUCCAUAUUUUAUUGGAUCAGAGCUCUUCGAAGUAAAACCUAGGCCGGUGGCUAUGUCGAUGGGCAGUCUGUUCUCUUGGUUUGGUAAUUUUUUAAUUGGCAUGUGCUUUCCGAUUUUGCAAGGGGUCUGGGGUGCAUUUGUAUUUUUGCCUUGCAGUAUUGUAUGUGUAUAUUGCUUCUUGCUAACCUAUCGUUACUUACCCGAAUCCCGUGGACGUGAUGCAGCUGACAUACAAGUUUAUAUGAGAAAUGGUUUUCAUUCGAAAUUGAGUUAAAAUUAAUUAUUUAAUUUAUUUAUAUUUUUCAC